UUUCCAUGGUCAUUCUUCCAGAGGAGUUCAUUCUUCUAUAGUUGAGCAUAAGCAUUUGAGGUACCUUGACCUGUCUUGUUGUAGUUUUGAUGAAGGAAAAGAUGUGUCCAUCAAUCAACUUUACAAUUUACAGACGUUAGUACUUAAUAGAUGCAGAAAUGUUAAUAGGACUCUUGUAGGCAUAGGGUCUCUGAAGAUUUUAAGGCACCUAGAUCUCUCGUAUUCGGAUGUUAAAGUGCUUGAUGAUUCUGUCGUUCAGCUUACUAAUUUGCAGACAUUGGAUCUAAGUUUCUGCAGCAAAUUAGUAUUCUUACCCCAAAAUAUUGGGUCUUUGAGAGAUCUAAGAGAGUUGGAAUUCAAAUACUGUUGGAAUUUAAAAGUUUUACCCAGAGAAUUUGAAAAAUUGACCCGAUUGAGAUGCCUAAAUUUGUCAAAAACUAAGAUUGAAGAAGUAUUAUGCAUCAACAACCUUUGCAAUUUGGAGUUACUCGAUUUUGGAAGGAACUGUAAGCUUCCCAGAGAAAUAAAAAUUUGCCAAAAUUGAGAAUUUUUAAACAUCGGAGAGGGAACGAAGAUGAUACGCCUAGAGGUAUGGAAACUCUAACCAGUCUUGAAGUGUUAGAUCGUUAUGUGGUGAGGAAGAGAUUAACCACCUCUUGCAGUGGCGCUGGUCGCAGUGGGAUCGAAGAAUUAACCAAACUAAAUUCUCUACAAGAGUUGGAGGUUUUCGAUCUGCAAUUUGUGAGAGGUGGUAUUGAUGCGGAGAGAGCAAAGCUAAAAGAUAAAACAAACCUCCGUCGUUUGUUUCUAGUAUGGGGGUCCGAUGAUCACGAGGAUGAAAUGGUGUUAGAGGGUCUCGAACCUAACCCUAAUUUGAGAGACUUUUUGGGAGUAUUUUCUUUUUCGGGUACAAAGCUGCCGAAAUGGAUGGGUUCAUCCAACUUCCUUCCGAAUUUAGUGGAAAUACACCUUUUCCGUUGCAAUAAUUGUGAGAAGAUACCAGCGCUGGGUAUGCUCCCAUGUCUUAAGGUUCUAUAUAUUUCGGGAAUGAAGUCAGUUAAGUGUUUGGGUGAAGAGUUUUAUUGCCAGCUAGAAGAAGAAGAAAGAAUCAUCAGCAAUGGUAGUGGUAGUGCUGCAAAUGCUACUACAGUAUCAUUAUUUCCUUCUUUGAUUAGUUUGACAUUGUUAUCUAUGGAAAAUCUAGAAGAAUGGGUUGCCCUUCCUGCGAUUUAUAAUUCAUUUCCUUCCCUUGAAAAGCUAUAUAUCAAAGAAUGCCCAAAUCUGAGAAGCACACCAAAAUCAUUUUCCUUUCUCAAGGAAUUGGAUUUAUUCUUGUUCGACAAGGGAGUAACCUCAAUCUUUACUACCGGAGGACUUACUUCUCUCACAACCAUUCAUAUAAAAACUUAUAGAAACCUAUAUAUCCCACUAGGCAUACUUCUCCAAAACAUUACUCCGAAUCUUCAAAUACUAUUUAUGUGGAAAUGUUAUGUGUUCCAAGGUUUUGUUGGAGAUGAUGAUCUAAGUAACUACAACAACAAGGAUGGUGAUGAUGAUGAGGAGGAAGCCAUUCAAUCUUUUUCAUGUCCUGAAAUUAAUUGCAACUCCAACAAUACAAGCAAUUCUCUCCGCACAAUAUAUUUUGAGAAAUGUCAUGUUUUAACCUUACUCCCGGAUUUACGAUCGUUCACUUCUCUCCGGGAAUUGACUAUCCUCAAGUGCAGCAAAUUGAAGGAGUCAAUACCUUAUGAUCUGAAGACUCUUACCUUUCUUAAAAGGUUGGAAUUUGAUUUUAUUCAAAGCGAAUAUGAGCAUCCAGAAUAUCCAGCUGAUGAUAAAUCAUUCCGUAUCAAAAACAGGUGGUGGCCUGCAAGUAACAAGAAUCAAGAAGGUUCUUAAGAUUUGUCCAUGGCAGAGUGGUAUCAAUGAAUCCAACUUCUUCUCAUCGUUCCGUCUACAAAUGAUGACAUCCGAGAGUUCAAAUGAUCACUCUUGUAAUAUUUUCUAGGAUUUUGUUUAGACUUCUUUCUUGCCUCUGCAAAUGUGGUGCCAACCUAGUUGGGAUGACAAUCACCAUGAUCAUGCUCAUAUGCUGAAGUCUUUGUGUAUCUUUUAUCUCUAUCGUUUGUUGGUGUGUCUGUUUUCUUUUGGCUCUGGAGCUUCCAUGUUUGCGGAAUUUUAAGUACAUGA